AUGGGCCAAAAGAUUAUAAGCAAAGCCUACAUUUCCAACAGUGUCGCUCUUGGUUUCGAGGAUUUUAAAGCAGAGCACCCGUCUAUCGUCUUUUCCCUUAAAGACAAUCCUAUAAAGGGCUACAGUGAUGCUUUGUCUGCUGCUUGUGUUGUUCUUGCUACUACCUAUUUGAACCACAUUGUAGAAAAUUUUCAAAGAAGAGUUAUAUAUUACUUGACUGUCAGACUUGCUAUCAUUUAUCCAGAUAAGCCCAAAGGACUUCUGCACAAGUUGGCUGACGACUUUUGUUGGCAAAUUUUAAUAAAUGGAGAACCCAAGUGGCUCAUCCAGUACUUUGACCUUGUUUCAACCCAGAAUAUAGCACAAAUACUUCCUAUUUGUAUUGGAUUACAAGCUAGACUUUCCAUACCACCUACUGUCAAGUACCUUGCCGCUUCUCCAGCAAAAUUCGUGCCUGCUUUGGCUGUUAUAAUAUCUGAACUUGAAGAAUUUUGUAACGAGCGCAAAGACGAUAAAGCAAAAAUGCCUAGAUGCUUUUCGUUAAUGCCCACACCGUCUAUGCAUUGGCGAUAUAUUUCUAUAAAUGCAAAGGCGUUGCAAGCAAUUACAAAACACAAGAGCGAUGGCACUUACGAAGGCAACGUAAACUUGUUUUAUUCGAUUUUUAACUUCAAGAAGUUUGGCUACGAAAGCCUGGACAAAAUUCUUGAAAGUCAAAACAAGUUUACCUGUUGCAUUCAAACAGAUGGUUUUGGUGCAUGCUUCGUGUUUUCAAGAAAGGCAAAAGAAGAAAAAGGGACAAUACAACUGGGUUUGGAAGGCUUUUCUGACCGAGAAGUACAAGAGUGGUUUCAGCCCUGUACUGUAGAUCUCGGAAGAACACAUGUAUUCACAGCAACCAUACAGCAUGAAGGGGGCAAUCUAGAAACAAGAAGAUGUAGCGAAAAAGAGAGGCAAUGCUACAAUGGUGCAAAAAGAAGAGCAUGCCAAAUAGAGAAGCUAAAAUUAAGGGCUGGUAUAAAAACAAUAGAGACAGGCUACCCUUCGGAAAAAACUGUCGAUAUGGAAAAGACAAAUGCAUAUGUCGCAGAUGCUCUAAUCAGCAUACCUCGCUUAUUCCGUUUUUACGAUGAAUGGCCAGCACUAUUUCGUUUCUACGAUUACCAAGGCAGACAAAGGUCAAAUGCAGAAAUAGCCAACAUACUGAUCAACGGAGGAAAAAAAUACAACAAAGCAAAGCAAAAUCGAAAGCAGCGCGAAAAGAAAAGAAAGAAGAAACAAGAAAAUAGUCAAAUGUAA